CUCCUCUCCUUUUGCGCACCAGACUCUCCCACCCUCGCCUCUUCUAUUCGCUCACUGCGCUCCCGUCCUCUGCGCGGCUUGUGUCUCUGCCUACUCCUGCGCGUAAGAGCGCACCCGAUGGAUAUGCAAAGUGAUGCACUCCUGAAAACGCCAGAUCUGCGCCUGCAAAUACCUCUGUGAAAGACGUACGGACGCGCAGCAGAUAACCCGCGUCGGAGCGCUUUUAGUUAGAUUAAGCCAAGUUCAUUCCACGGAGACUGUUUUUUAUUCUGCGCUUUUCUUUCUUUUGGAUGAUGAUAUGUUAAUAAAGAUGUUCGUCGGCGCGGAUGACGGUGCGUUGCUAUUUGGAUGUGUGUUUCUGGACUUGUCAGCAUAUCAUGACCGCGCGCCCUUUCCCCUCUCCCCAAGUCUUUUCGUGUCUGCGUGAAGUUGACCGGCGGAGGAAGCACGAUGAGAGGGAAAUACUUUCUCCUCUUCUUCUUGUUGCUCAAAGUUAUGGCUCUCGUGUGCAAGGCUGACGGGGAGCCGGGGCUGCUCGGGGGAUUCGUCAUGAUCGCCACCUCCAACGGCUCCAGGGAGGAGGAGAGCGUGUCCGAGGAGACCCCGCACACGGAGGACAGGUGUCGGGGUUACUUCGACGUGAUGGGCCAGUGGGACCCGCCGUUCAUCUGCAAGACGGGCAAUUAUCUGUACUGCUGCGGCACCUGUGGCUUCCGCUUCUGCUGCUCCUACAAGCACUCGCGGCUGGACCAGAGCACCUGUAAAAAUUAUGACACUCCGGUGUGGAUGAAGACCGGACAGACGCCCUACAAAAAAAUUAACAAGAUAAUCGACAGCACCAAAGACAAGACGAACUUAAUUGUUUACAUCAUAUGUGGAGUAGUGGCCAUCAUGGCUCUCGUGGGGAUUUUCACCAAAUUGGGGCUGGAGAAGGCGCACCGGCCUCAGAGAGAGAACAUGUCCAGGGUCGUCGCCAACGUGCUGCAGGGCGGGUGUCCAGGUGAGCAGUAUCGCGGGGAGGAGGCCCUUGGGAUGCAUUCGCAGCACUAUGUUUCCAGGGCCACAAACCUCCAGGGUGGCCAGAUCAACAACAACGUGGGACCGGGCGCCAACGUGGGCCAGCAGCACCCUUACCCUGCCUUCAGCCAGCUGGCUCACGUCUACGAACAGCAGCAGCAACAACAACAACAACAACAACAACAGCACCACCAGCAGCAGCAGCAGCAGCAGCAGCAGCAGCAGCAGCAGCAGCAAAACAAGGAUCUGAACAAGUACGCCUCCCUGAAGGCUGUGGCUGCCAAGUACAACGGUGAAGUCUACAACAAGCGUCGGCUGAUGGUGGAGCUGCCAACGAAGGGCGGGCUUCCUCUCCAGCCGAUGGGCAACUCCAGACCCUCCAUGGGCAAUAUGUCAUCAAUGACUCCCCCGAUGACUACCAACCCCAUGGCGUCCAACCAUAUGGCCUCCAACCCCAUGGCGUCCAACCACAUGGCCUCCAACCACAUGGCCUCCAACCACAUGGCCUCCAACCCCAUGGCCUCCAACCACAUGGCCUCCAACCCCAUGGCGUCCAACCACAUGGCCUCCAACCACAUGGCGUCCAACCACAUGAACCCCUCCAUGACCCAGAUGACCUCCAUGACCCAGAUGACUUCCAUGACCCCGAUGACCUCCAUGAUGCCCAUGACCUCUAUGACACCCAUGACUUCCCUCGCCCAGAUGACCUCCAUGACCCCUAUGACCUCCAUGACCCCUAUGACUUCCAUUACCCCCAUGACAUCCCUGGGUCCACUGACUCCGGAGCCGGUGGCCACCUACGUCACCGAGAUGCCCAGCAUCUCUUCCGUCUCAACCCUCCCGACAGAGCGGCACAUGGCCAGUGUCGGAGGAGGAGGGGGGGGACUCAAGCUGAAUGGCCAGAAACUCAAAAGCAGCCAUGGUCAUGUGGGCCACAGCUCUCACAGCUCUCACACUCACAGUCAUGGUCACAGCCACAGUAGCAAGCCGCCAGGACUCGGGGCUACCUCCCUGGCACACAUGGCAGGGACCAUGCCAGGUGGCACGUCCCUGGGUAUCUCCAGAGCCGCAGAGACAGCCAUUGGCUCCAGCUCAGCUACAAUGGGCCGCCCAAUGGCGUACAGUUCCAACACAAUCGCGGCUGGGCAUUCGAUGGGGCUCGGGCUGAAGGGCUGGGACGGGACUGAGACGGUGGGCCGGAGGAAGACCUACGGGCACAGGAGGCCUCAGUGUACCGUGCUUGAGCCCAACCAGCUUCACAGCACCAGAGGCCAGAGCCACAGCCAACACUUCCUCCCCACACAGCCCUACUUUGUGACCAACAGCAAGACAGAGGUGACUGUGUGAGAGAGGGAAAACAGGGAGAAAGAGAGGGGGAAAGGAUGCAUGCGGAGUGACAGCACAAGUAAUCUCUGAGUGGAGACACCAACCCCCGCGUUGGUCAACAGUGCAGAUCAAUGUGUGUGUUUGUGUGGCUCGUUGGUAUACUGGUGAAUGUGGUGGGACAGCGUUUCAGAGUGGUCCGCGUUUCACGAACAGAGUUCACCAAUCAAAUCACUAAACGGACGUUUGUUGCCAAUAGGAAUGGCAUCUGUAACCAUAACUUCAAAGAGCCUACAGAGCAGGGCCGUGUGUACACUUGUGGUGAUAUUAGAGUGUUGUCUCACAGCUAAUAUCUACUUCGUAAUGAUAACAACAAUCUGAGAAUUACAGUACAACACACAGAUGAUUAAGUGAGAAACUGCAAAAAAAAAGGAUUGGCUUUACGAACCAAUGCUGAGAAGCAAUAUAAGGGAUUAAAGCACCGAAGCUGGAAGGACAAACACAGCAAGUUUACCCACAAACCUUGCAACAACAAAGCGGCAUCUGCCCAACAAAGCGUUGAAUGGCUUGGAAGAAAUAACAUUCCCUUAUGAUUCAACCCCCCCCCCACUCCCAAAUCUCCUGAGGGCUCUGAAACAGGCACACAUGAUGAGCACUGGGCUUCGGACUGCAGACACGCAGGGCUUUGUACUGUGGCUAUUCAGGAGCGCCUUCAUAAGAUCUGCAGCUGAAGGUCGCCCCUUUUUCCACAAGGCUCCAGCACAGAGAAUGGAGGCUGUCACACGGGCAUUGUUCUGUUCUGAUCUCGUCUGCGCGGUGACAGCCAGCCCAGAGGAGGGAUGAGGAGGGAUGAGGAGGCAGCGAGGCGGAAUCUGGAUGAUGCCGCAGCUAGCAGAGGCUCUACGGAGCAGGAUGUCUCGUGCCCGCACAUACAUUCACGCACAUGCAGGAGCAUAUUUUUACUCAAACACAUAAAGAAACAUAUACUGUAGAAAUACCGCACACUAGGGUGUGACCAGCAUGGCUUCUCAAAGAAUGAUACCAAUCAUUUUAGAUUAGAAUUGCGGACGGCUGACAUUUCGUUUAAUUUGCGCAUAUUUGUCAUCAUUAAAUUUGACUGUUUUUAUUUCAAAAAUUCAGUUCAGUGUUUCCCCAAACUGAUAUUCUCAGCAGUGAAUUUGGAUCGCCACAGUACUCAAGAAAAAUUUAACUUUCAGAAAUGGCAGCUAAGUCGGAAUGACCCGCCGUAUCCAUUCAAGGACAGGGUACAGUUUUGGACAUAUAAAUAUUUUUGAAUCAGAAAACCAGUUACAACAGGCUUGCACAAUUUAAGGGAUAAUUUUGUGAAAGACAUGUAUUUGCUUUGUUGUUAAGAGUUAGCUGAGAAGAUUGAUACCACUUAUGUUUGCAUGUUCAACACGAACCUACAGCCAGUAGUUGGUUAGCUUAGCACAAAGACUGGAAACGGGGGGGAAACAGCUAGCCUGACAGCCUAAUAACAAAAUCUGCAUAUAAGCAUUUCAAAAGAUCACUCAUUUAUAUGUUAUAUCUAGCUUGCUUUUUUUAAAAUCUGAACAAAGACCGAACUGUACAAAAAAUGGUUUAUGUGCCAGACUUUUUCUUUGCUGGACACAGUAACUUCCUGGAGUCUUAUCGUCAUCGUGAGGUUGUCAGGCAACUAAAUAAAGUAUUUCUUUGAAAGAACAAAUACAUUGUGCAAAAAAUAAAGCAAUUUUAAUGUAGCUAUGUUCAGGAAUGGCCUUCAUCAUAUUAGAAGUGGACAAACUGACCUAUUAAAUGGAAAAUGUGUUUUUAUGUAUGUAUUAGUUUAAUCAAACACAGACACAUAAAAUAUAGCUCAAUUGAGCACCUAUAUUGUUCGGUAGACCAAAUGCAAGCUUUGGCUUCUCAACAUUUUAGUUCUGCACAGAUUUUUGCAUCGGAUGUUAUACUUCUCUAGUUUUAGACAAAGGCAAGAAACUACUGUGAAAAGUGGAUGUAACAGGAAUGAAAAAUACUAUUUUUUUUAGCUGGUGAUAGAAGUCGCUGCCACAAGACGCUAGGAUAGAUUAGAUCACUCACCGUCCUCGAGUUUUAGCUGAAAACUAUCUGGGUUACAUGACUCCAACACAAAAAUAAAUCCUAAAGUCUGACAAAUAGGUCAAAUCUUCUCGGGGCUUCUCCGAGCCGGUUUGCUUGUUUUGUAAUGAUGUAAGAUUUAUUAGCAGCUGCAGCCACACUUAUCAUAUUGACCUUGUUAUCUCAAUUGCUUCGUCCACCUCUAAGACCCUCUUUACGCUUGGGAUUUAGACGCAUCUUAAGCGAUUAGAUUGUAAUCAGAAUAUGCUUGGCCACAUUCAAAUAGAAUAUAAAAGACAGCGAGGAUGAAUUACUCGUCUAAAUCAUCUCCGAAGCUGGUCAGAGAACCAUUUGGCUUCACAGUAAAUGCAGUUGCGUUAUAAAUGUGUGUGCAGGUCCAGCCUAGCAGCAAGCAAGAAAAAAGGUUAAAAUAGUCCAAUGUAAAUGUAAGAGAGGUGCAUAUGAUGACCGAUUGAGAAAUAAAAACAACACUGGAUUUCACAUUUGAUUUGGAGCUCCAGCAGAGCUACACUUAGUUUGGGUACACUGUGUGUCCAGAAAUGUAGAUGUGACGUACAAAAUGGGGGGGGGGGGGGGUCUAACACUCCAGCUUCUAAAUCAAAAAGAUGAAACAGCUAAGGCAGUUGAGAGUAACAUGAGGGGGAACCACCCGCCGCCUCGAGGGUCACAUGUCUGGAAACCUGGGACCAAAUUGAAAGCGUGAAACAGGAUUUAAGAAGUCAUCAGAGCAUUAAAAUGUGUCACCUUUUACACUCACAACUAAGACAUGCACACACACGCACACACACGCAUGCGCAAACAGAAUACAUUACAGGGUGGACUCUGCUUUCUCUCUGCUCCCACAGUGCCGAGCGGCAGGCGUCGUCACAGCAGGGAGAACAAAAGAGUCGGUACUGUUACUGCUCCUGUUGUGUAUGAAAGACUGUGAAACUCCAGACCAUGGCCCUUUGUAGCGAUACCUGAUUAUGCUUUAUACAUAGCCUCCCUCUCAAUCGCUUUGCUUUUUUAAAAUUAUUUUCUUCUUCACUUCUCCCCACCCCCCCUUUUCUUCUUUUGCUCCCUCGAUGUCUGACUUGAGAAAUAUCUGCGAGAAACAAAUACAGGGCUGUGAUGAAUCUUUUCUGCAACAGUGGAGUACACAUCGUGAUGAGAAGGUGAAUACAAAUAAUUCACCCCGCACCUUGAAAGACACGAUUGGUUUACGCCCCUCAUGUGCAUUGUUCGAGCAGGAAAUGUAAGUGAUUGAUUGUGUGCCAAAAAAAAAAAAAAAUGUAAUUCAGUUUGCAGUACCAUUGUGUGUCCUCUUGAACACUGCGCAAAUUUCACUCUUUAUAACUUUUUCUAUGUCUGCGUAUGUGUGUGUGGAUCCAACUUUGGCAUAUGAUUAUUGUCUCUGAAGAAGUCAAAACUCAAACAAACAAGGCAAACAAAAUGGAUCGUAUAUAAUUGGAGUUCACAAUCCCAUAAACCUGUUAGCUUCCGAUGAGAAUCCUUUGCAAAUAUUUUUUUAUUUUUUCCCCUCCACCUUGUAUUACUUUCCGCCUUUUCUUGCCAGCUGAUGGUUUUGUUUGCGACAGAGUUGAGAAGCAGGUCAAUGUUUUCCUGAGGAUAUGCAUUAUCGGACCCAAUUGACUUAAUCCAGCGCCGCAGAAAUGUGGAAAUAUGAUCCCUCCUCGCCAUCACAUACUGCUCCAUCCUUAAAGCCUAUUCAGCUCUGCAAGAGCAGCCGCCGGAACAAUAGAUAAGCAGGCUGGGCAGUUGGUAAACAAAAAACAAAAAAACACCUCAUCCCUCACGGUAACAUCCAAAAUAAACCCCGAUAGAAAGCGGGGAAUUGGUUGCGCUUGCUGGGUCGCGGUUGAUAGGGUCAGGGCCCACAGAUGAGUGGGUUCAGGAGGCAGUCAUGUCUGAUAUUUUUCAUCUGACGAGUCAGUCGGACAAAAAAAUGCCACAGCAGAGACUAAAGGACACUGGUAGUCUGCAGGCCCAAAACAGCCAGCUCAGUAACAGAGCCAGUGGGAGCUCUAAGAGCAGUAAGCGUUCAUCAUUCAUUGCGAGAUUCGGGUUUUUUUUUCUACAGUUUGACAACACAAUUUGGUGAUUAAAUGCAGUCUUUGUACUUAUCAUCGGUACCGGCUCAACAUACUUUAAUAAUAAGUACGUUCAGUGGCUAAUAAACAACUGUGAAACCAGCCAAGUCCAAAGAAACAGGGGAAAAAUGUGCAUCAUUUAUUAUAUAUCAUUAUACCAUCGUCUGGGUGAACACUGCAUUCUGAUUGGCUGCAGGGUGUCCAUUAAUUCCUGAUAAUGGACACCUACGAAGUAAAAAAAAAAAAAGAAAAUCUGAAUAUCUUAUUUACAACACAGAGUGAGAUGUGAAUUUGCGCUGUUGCAUAAACUGCAGACAGUUUGAGACAAGGGUUGCUGCUACAGAUAUGUCUUUAUUUAGCAUUAUUUUAGCUUGCGAGCUAACAAGUUUUUUUUUUCUCCCCAAUUACUCUUUAUUGAAAUCAUGUAAAAUCUGAGAACAAAAAGCCAGCGGGUAAAAAACCUUGGAGAGCUACUGUGACUGACUAGCGCUAGCAUGGAAAAGCUACGGUAGCUAACGCUGCCAGGAGCCAUUACGUCACCAAACGUCUGUGGCACAUUGUGGUUUGACCAGGCCUUGAGUCAAAACUAGCCAAUGGAACAAUUCCCUCCACCCAGCUGGCCACCCUAUAGUAACUGACAUCGCGCAAUAUAGUGUCAGUGAUCACCUUCACCUCUUAGUGUCUUACCUACCGCGACACUGCCGAACGAGUUCCAAAAUUAGGGAUGACCUCUCAGUGUGAACACAUUGCUCCAAACCAUUUAGGUCCUGACGACCCAAGUGGGUGCGCUGCCUGCCGCAGCUCCGAGGUCUUUCUGCAUUAUUCUUUUAUUCUGUCCUGCCUGAUGAGGAGCGGCGGUGCAAAUGGCCUAAUUAUAGGAAUCAGACCCCGAGUUAGAGGGCGCAGCAGUUCACCGGCGCAUUGAUCAGCAACAGAGGCGGGAGCAAGAGUUCGGGCCAGUCGAACAACGGCCCGAAGUGAUGUGGAGUUCUCUUUGGCCCUGUGACCUGGAGUUAAUGACUAAUUGCAUAUUGUGUUUUUUCCAUGGAUGAAAUAUUUUGACUGACUUUUACACCCAUCUUGUCAUUAUUAAUCAGAGUUAAUCAAGCAAGACCUAUCUGUCUGGUAAAUUCUGAUGUCUGGCGAUGACACUUUGCUUUCCGGAGUGAGUGACGAAUGGAAACACAAACCGCAGGGAGCGCUGAGUUCAGCCUUGGUUUACUUUGCUAUGAAGGGGGGGGGGGGAGCUAGCAAGCUUAAGCCGCGUGCAGUUUGUUGAUUUCAAUGAUUUCUUUUACUGUAUCUUUUUUCCUUGGCAUGAUCCACACUGCUACACUGUGUUCCUCCUUACUGCUGACCCCUACUGUUGUCCUCUGGACAGUCAUAUGUGUCCUCCGAUACACUUCUUACCCAACAGUGAAGAGCUUUACUCUGGUUAUUGACCCCCCCCCAGAUCCCACCCCUCUUUGCACAGGUACCCCAACCAUGAAGUAAGAGUCUCUAGUGCAACGACAAGGAUCCCUCGCUGGCUUCCCAACACUGCCAGUCGUGCUCUGCCUGGGUCGAACCCGGGUUCUCUGGGACAGAACAGUUUAGCCCUCCACCGCCUGAGCUCCCUGCCUCUCACAGCCAUGAAGCCACCACUGUGCUCAUUUUAUGAAGUGCUCCGACUGUCACGUUUGGAGUGUUUCUCUGUCUGGAUCCUCCUUAAAGAGCAAACAGCAAGGGUGGCAGAUGAGGGAGAGGGUUUUUGACUUGUCUCGAAAACAAGACGGGAGGGCAAACACCUAACAAACUCACCUGCCUACCUACGAAAUGCACAUUAACGAGAGAUAGCAACAACACGACUGAGAAUUACUGCAGCCUACACUCCCACUAGCCCACACGAGCUUCACUGAGAGGCAGAAAUUGGCAGGUGAGAUGUGAAUGGGAUUUGAAAACUUCUCCCUUGCUUUAGCAGAGAAAGAGGCCUAUUAAUAGCACAAAAAAAAAGCAACCCCAUUAGACUAGUUGUUCUGAAAUCAAGCCUCUCUUGUUCAGCAGAGCACACAGUCGCUGUGAGAAAAACCACACAGUCGAAUAUCUACAAGGAAUAUUCAAUAAGAGACCGAAAAAAAAAAGGAGCUGUACUGGGACCAGUGGCCAGGGGGGCUUUACGAGUUUUUUCACUGUGGUCUUUAAUCACCGAAAACCCAGAGUGGGGACUGAGUCCACAGUGGCACACAAAGACAGAAAAGGGACUUAAUGUCAACACUUGUUAGGGGGGGGGGGAGCUUUGAAUUAUUGAUAUCGCUAAAUGUUGGUGGUGCGUGGCACGUGAGCCCUAACAGCUCCAUUUGCAAAGCUGUGAAUCAGAGAUGACUGUUGACUCACACACACACACACACACACACACACACUUUAUGUUGUGACAGUAUUGUUACAGACUCUCAGACUUGUUUUGAUUAUUAAUGCCUCGGCUCUAUAGAUUCCCCAAAUCAAUCACUGAUUCCUCCAGACAGAUUGGCCAUUACUAACAUGCACUGUAACACGUAUUUGUCAGCUCCUCUUUGGGCUGAGUGUUUGUUUACACUGUGUGUCCCAUUCAAGCUACAGAUGUGAAGCACGGGUCGUUCUUGAUGUCGGACUGAAUCGGGACAAUGCCGUUGUCUGUAAAUAUUAAUUUCUUGGUGGGGAAGAAAGUCUUUUCUCCCCUUAAUCACGACAGAUAAAAUGCAAAUACUCUUAAGUAUACUCUCUUCAUUCAAGGACAGAAGGAGCAGCGGUUCUCAUGAUCAGAAAGUGGGACAUGUACAGUACAUCUGGGAUGACACUAAAGGGCUCAAACACAACGUUACUUUUUUUUUUUUAUUUACCAGGUUUUCCUCGACUCUCUUCUUUUCAAUCUUUUUACCGUCGCCGUUCGCUGGACUUGAUAGCAUUAUAAGCAUGUACAGCCUACGAGGAGCAGCAUCUGUACCAUCACAAAAACAAAAAAAAAAUCAGUAUUAUCAGUAUAUUAUCAAAAGGGGUUCUCGUCAGCUAUGUUUACGACUUUGUAUAGCAUCGGUCCUUAUGCGCAAUGUUUUCAACAAUCCGGAGCUUCUGCACACGGAGACGGAGGAGAUGCAGUGUUUGUUGUCCAGUAACGCUCGACAUCUGUUUUAAAAAGGGUUUUGCUCCAAUGCUGUGCUUUAUAUGUAUGAUUAUCAUUUAUUUAUUUAUUUAUUAAUAAACCUGUAUUACAUUUACUUGCUGUUAGAAUGAACGGACGGAUAUCAAUCACAGCGGAUGUGAGGGAAACACUCUGGUUAUUGACCUCUGCUUGGGAUUUUCCAUUAUCUUUGAAGGAUCAAUAAGCUAUUUGCGAUAUGAAUACUAUCCAUUAACAAGCCUAUCCUUUUAUAGAAUAACCCAUUGAUUAACUCAUUUUGGUGUUAAUCAUGCAUUACAUACAAAGUCAUAUGAGAUCCAAUUUUCUAUUUUUGAUGUUCAGACCAGUUUGUGGUAUUUAUGCAUAUGUGUAUAUGGAUACAUAUGGCCCCAACACUGCAUUUAUGCGUAACUAGUAAGGCAUAUUUUCUAUGGUAGAGCCCAUCUCCCACUAUUGUUUGCACAGUAGCUUAUAUUAUGCACCGUGAUGACCCAUUGUCCUUUUACUGUUUACUGACUUUAUAAUUUGUGACAUUAAGUUAUGAAAAAGCUGUAUUUUGGUACUAUUCAGAUAUUGUUAGAAAAAGAGAUAUAGAAGACGUUUUGUCCCAGAAAUAUAUUACCAUAGUGUUUCUAUGAAUUUGUCUGUUUUAUUUAUUUUGGGAAGGGAUGACAGGGAUAUUUUUGUUCUUCUUUUGUUGAUGAUUUGCCAUCUGACAGUAUAUCACCAUUGUUCUACAGUAUAUACGACUUUCUUACGUGGCAAUAAAAGAUGACUUCUGUAAAAAAAAAAAAAAA